AUGUUGCAAGUAGAUUUUUCAAUGCAUGGGACAGGAAUUUUGAAUCUUGAACGUGCAGUUCUACCACCUGGUAGAAGUAGGCUUGCUAUACCACUUGACGCGACAUUCAAUACAAUAUCGCGAUUAGACCGUAAAGAGACGAGGAGGUUUUUGGUUCCUAGAACAAGUAUUGAGAAAGUGAAUGUUAAGCAACCGAAAGCCGAAGUAGAAGAAACACCCCCUAAUGUGGCCAAUGAGUUUAAUCCAAAUGAGAUUGUGCGUGAUUCAAGAUGUAGGAAACAAAUUCACGAGUAUGCUCUGAAUAUUCAAGACCAAGUGAGGAGGGCAUAUAUAUUGAAGGGUCCAACGCAACCAGAUUUAGCAAGAUUUCCUCGUACUCAAUUUGGAAAGUAUUCAAGAGCAUUUUUUAAAGCAUGGUAUAAGAAUUAUAUAUGGAUUGAAUACAGUGAGUUGAAAGAUGCAACUUAUUGUUUCUAUUGCUUUCUCUUUAAGCCGUCCGGGAGGGCCGAACACUUUGGUUAUGAAGUCUUCAACAAAGACGUAUAUAAGGAUUGGAAGCAUGCAUCUAAAGGCUUUAAAGAUCAUAUUGGUAGUCAUGAUAGUAAGCACAACUCAUGUAUGAAGCACUAUGACGAUUAUAAUAAUCAAAGACAAAGUGUGACAAGUAUCUUUGCUAGAGCAACUAGGGAAUUAGAAGAAUUGUAUAAGAUCCGUUUGACUUGUUCUUUAGAUUGUACUAGAUAUCUCAUAGCACAAGGAAUUUCUUUUCGUGACCAUGAUGAAAGUUUUACUUCUCUAAACAAGGGAAACUUUAGAUAG